UAGCAUCAAUUUCAUUACUAUGAAAAUAAAAACGUUUUCACUUUCCAUUUUUAAGAAUUUAUAUUAUAAUAAAAACUAUCAAUUUGUUCCUAAACAUGAACCUUGCAGUCCCGACAGCGUUUCAAUGUUACAAGAUUUUGUUAAUAAAUAUUCGAAAGUUUUUGUAUUAACCGGUGCUGGAGUUUCCACUGAAAGUGGUUUACCCGAUUAUAGAUCUAAAGAUGUUGGUUUGUAUGACAGAAGUCCAAACCGUCCCGUGUUGUACAAAGAUUUUAUUUCCAAAACUGAAGUUCGAAAACGAUACUGGGCAAGAAACUUUGCUGGCUGGAAGCUAUUUUCUUCAGCCCAACCAAACGAAGUGCAUAGAUUUUUAUCGCUUUGGGAGCAAAAAGGUGGUUUACAUUGGCUAGUAACUCAGAAUGUAGACCGAUUGCAUCAUAAAGCAGGCUCCCAGCGUGUAACAGAACUUCAUGGAACAUCAUAUGUUGUAAAGUGCCUUAGUUGUCCUAAUUUGUUUUCUAGAAAUCUCUUUCAGAUCAUUCUAAGAGAUUUAAAUCCUAAUUUUAAUGUUGAAUCUACAGAAAUUGCCCCAGAUGCUGAUGUGCAUUUGGAUCCUGAAUUAGCAAAAUCUUUUAAGAUUCCUGAUUGUGAGAAAUGUGGUGGCAUUUUGAAACCUGAUGUAGUGUUUUUUGGAGAAAGUGUUCCAAAGGAAAAAGUAUUUGAACUCUAUGAUAAAGUAGAAAAAUCAGAUGCUAUUCUUGUUUUAGGGUCUUCUCUAGAAGUAUAUUCAGGAUAUAGAUUUGUUCAUGCGGCUUCAGAAUUCAAGAAAUGCAUUGGUAUAGUAAACAUAGGGCCCACAAGAGCCGAUAAGCUAGCAACGUUUAAAAUCACAGCAAGAUGUGGAGGUAUUUUGCCGAAAAUCAAGCUAUAGAAUCAUGAAAAUGUACAAAUUUUUGGUGAUAGUCUUUAUUUAUGAAAUUUUUACCUUGUUAUGUAUUUUAAUAAAAUAGAAUGUUUUAUUUAUUAAAAAUAUGAAUGUUUGAA